AUGCUGCAGUGCGUGGAGGGGUUUCCCAGAUUUUUUUCACAUACAACUAAUUUUAACGCCUUCAGAAGAACGCUCAGCAAUGCCAAAAAAAAUCUAAUAGAUGCGGAAAGCAGGAAGAUAGAAAGGACGCUCCUCUACAUGGAACAAUGCAUAGCAGAAGAAAAUGAGCAAAACGGAAACUUACUCAACUUCAAAACGGUUUAUGAUAGAGAGGACAAAUUAAAAAGCAUACACAUGAACCUAGUGAAAAUGUCCUAUAUGUUAAAAAAUAUGCGAAUCAAUGAGCAGAAAUGGCUAGCCAUUUAUAAGCAAAUUAGCAGCCUCCACCCCCUUGAUGGAGAUCUCUUGAGAGGGAAAGAAAACAAACAUGGUUGCAAAAUGGAAAAAAUGGAUCAAGAAUAUGACAGUUCAGUGUCUCAAAAACAUCCCUCCAAUAGAGCACUACAUGAUAAAUUUUGCCGCGAAUACAACCUGCUAAACCUAAACGCAUGCUAUGUAUUUGUCUUUAAAGUUUCCAUGGGGCAUCUGAUGAACUGCCUCUGGAUGUACACAACAAGCAACUAUUUGUUAAUACUAAAUUGUUGCGCAGAAUUUUUCCAUUUUUUCUUCAAUUUACACAGGAGAAAUGGGGUCCCAAAAUUGAACUUCAUUUAUCUUCACUCGGGUAGACAUAAUUAUGCAGACAACAUGAAGACUUUGAGAAGUAGGUGCAACCAAGUGAUCAAGUGUGGAGAAAAUUCCACCAUCGCUUAUCACUACGAAGAACUGUACAAUUUGAAAUAUCACCAAAUAUUCACUUACAAAAUAAAUCUCAUGAGGAAGGUAUUGGAGAAUUUAAAUUAUGACCUAUUAGACAGUGUGCAACUGGCCCAGCUAGCUAAUUUUUUCUAUUUAGUAACGAAAUGCGGAGUGAUAAGUGAAAGGGGCGUACAAGAUUUUCUGACUUCUUACUUGGAAGUGGCAAAAAAGGGGGCAUCACCAAGCAAGUUGAUGCCAAACGACGUGGUGCUCCUUUCCAAACUCAUCAACACGAUGUACUAUUCCAAAAUUGUGCACUUUGAAUUGGUGUCCCAUUUGGUUAGCUCUUUCAGAAGGGCCAACGUCGACUCCCCCCACAUAUGCAGAAGAGGCCUCCUUGAUAGCUACCUCAAACUGCUAACGUUGGUAGAACUGACUGACAAAAAUAUGUACUUAUAUGCCUGUUGCAAGCAUCACAUUUUAAGUGGCGACACAGAGGAUACGACACACAUGUCCGACGUUUGCAACUUCUUCUUCGUGUCGUCCAUUGUUGGCCUCUUUAACUUCCCCCUGAUGAAGUUUUACGUCAACUUUUUAAAAGAAAAAAAGGAUAAGACAACAUUUAAGAAGUCCACAACGAAUAAAAUUUACUACACUUUGUUAGGGUGGGACAUACUGCUGAAUGGAUUCAUAAAAAAUGUAGGUGAAGGAAGGAGAGAAAAGAUCGAUCUGGCAAUCCUAAAUUUUGAGAGCAGAAGUGUUCACUACUUCUUUUCAAACAAAGUAUCUUACGACUUUUCCGAUUUAUCCCACCAGAUAAGCUACCUAACCCUUUUUUUUAAAAAUAAAAUUAUACUCAAAAAGGAGGGCAAAAAUUACUACUUUAGCCAGAGUGUCAUAUUUCACAUGUUGAGGAAACACUACGGCAAUGCAAUCUAUGAAUACAUAACCAAGGAAAAAAUUCCUCUAGAUGUGUACAUCAAGUUGCGUAAAAAUGAUCAGGAAAAAAAUGUCGCCAUCGAGUUUAAUGGUAGGACACACUACAUCUUAGUGCUCACCAAAGGGGGGGACUCAAGAGACGCUGUACACUACACAAUGAAACAAAACUGCAAUACCAAGUAUAAGAUGUGGAUCCUGUCGAACUUAAAUUUUUACACCAUUUCUGUUUCGUAUUACUACUGGAAUGGGUUGCACGAAUGUCAGAAGGAGCAACACUUGCUUCAUGCGAUGCAGCUACUUUAA